UUCCAUGGCAUUUCCCACCAAUAACUUAUAACCGCUACCUCAUAAUCAUCAUCAUCAAUUCAUCAUCAAUCAUCUCCCUCUGACCCUCCAUCCAACAAGAAAAGAACCCAAACCACUCACCGGCAAGCAAAUGUCGCCGGAAACCCCAACUACGCCGCCACAGCAUCACUAAAUCCCCACACCCGCCACCACCAGACACAAUGCACCGCUCUAAACCAACCUCCAACUCCAACACCCCACUGAAGCACAGGGUGCUGACAUGCCUCACCAAGCUCUCCGACCGCGACACCCACUCCCUUGCCGUUACCGAGCUCCACGCCAUCGUCCGUACGCUCGACCAACGCACCCUCCCUCUCUUCCUCUCCUGCAUUCUUCACACAACCGACCCCACCGACACCACUCCACUCCGCAAGCAGUGCCUCCGACUCCUCACCACUCUCUCCGAAUCCCACGGAAACGCCCUCUCCCCUUACCUCCCCAAGAUUUUAACCAACCUCGUCCGCCGUUUCCGCGACCCGGACUCCUCCGUCAGAACUGCCUGUACGGAUUCCGUUAGGUCCCUCUCCGUCCACGUCAGAUGCCAAUCAUUUUCCGUUUUCUUGAGACCGUUGUCGGAGGCGCUCUUCACCGAGCAGGAGCCCAACGCGCAAGCAGCUGCAGCGGCGUGUUUGUCGUCGGCAGUCGAGGCUUCGCCUGAUCCGGACUCUGCCAGGCUCGCGAAGCUGCUUCCGAGGCUCCAGAAGCUUCUGAAGUUGGACGGGUUUAAGGCAAAGGCCGCGGUGCUACAGCUUAUCCGGAGCAUUGUCGGUGCCGGGGGCGCUUCCGGCGCGGUGAGUGGGUUGGUGCCUUGCUUGUUGGAGGCGAUCGGCAGUACGAACUGGGCGGCCAGGAAAGCCGUGGCGGAGGUGCUGGAGAAGCUGGCGGUGGUGGAGAGGAACUCUCUGUCUGAGUUUAAGGCGGGGUGCUUGAAAGUCAUUGAGAAUCGCCGGUUCGACAAGGUGAAGUUAGUUAGGGAAGCUAUGAAUCGGACAAUAGAGGCGUGGAAACAGGUUCCUGAUGUCUCGGAUGAAUUCUCUCCCCAUCCUCACUCGCAGUAUUCUUCAAAAGAGAAUAUGAGCAGUGAGUGUCAUCCUCAGGUGUCUCAGAAUUCGUGUAGUCCUGGUUCAGUGAUGACUAGGUUCAGGAGGAUGUCAGCGUCUGUUAGUAGAUCAACUCCUCCAGAUAGAUCUUCUGCUAUAAAUGCUAAGAAGACAAGCACUUUAAGUAGCACCAAAAGAAUGAGUUCAAGUGUUUCGCGUAAACUGAACAAUAAGAAUUGGGACGUUCAAGUUGUUGUCUCAAGUGAUCCCUUCAAUUCCAGGGUUGAUCAGGGUGAUCUUCAGCAAAGGGAUGAAGUUGUGUUGGAAAGAAGCAGAAAGGAUGAAAAGGGUAGAUUUUUUAAGUCAGAAAUUAGACGGGGUCUGUUUGAGAACAAUUCGGAUGACAAGAAGAUGCAUAAAUACAGUGGGUCUAAUGCUGGAUCUCGUGUGGUUCCAUUUUCUGAAGAUAGUCAAGAUUCGGAACUUGGUGGUAAUGUGACUAAAGAUCUCCAUAAGAGUGACAAACAGAAUGAGGAUUUAUCGUUGAUCCGUAGCCAGUUACUUCAAAUUGAGAAGCAACAGUCAAGCUUACUUGAUCUUCUUCAGAAUUUCAUUGGGAGAUCCGAGAGUGGAAUGCGUUCUCUGGAGACUCGUGUGCAAGGCCUCGAGUUUGCGUUGGAUGAGAUCUCUUAUGAUUUGGCCGUAUCAAGUGGAAGAAUGUCUAAACCUGGUGCUGCUAGAUAUGCAUGUUGCUUGCUACCAGGUUCUGAAAUUUUAAGCGCUAAGUUCUGGAAGAGAACACAGAGCCGGUAUUCGUCCUCCCAAUUAUCUAGAUCUGACGGCACCCAAUUGCUUGCCGCCGUCCCCCACCGAGAUGACAUGAAUGCUGAAACUGAGUUGAGAAGCCAUAGACUCAGGCUUCAUAGCGAUGGAGGAAGCUUCAUAACCAAUCCUCUAGCAGAGAUUAAUACUAAUUCCAAGAAGAUAUCUGGUUUUGCAAGAGCAGAGCCAAAUUAACAAAACAGGCUUGCUGUCCACAUAUACGAGUCUAUUAGAGAGAGGAGUGCUAGGAGGCUAGAAAUUUUUGUGAUUUGUAGUCAUCAAGUAACCAUCAAUAAUGUUUUUAAUAGUGUGAGAUUUUAUCCAA